CAUCCUGUCAGUGAAGAAGAAACGGGCUCACACGUGUUUCCCGAGAGUUGACGGAUAUAUUUUUAAUAAUUGUUCCAAACUUGGUAGUUUCUGGAUCUUUAACGGGAAUAUAACCGAGUAAAAAUGCCGAAGGUUAAGGCCGAGAAGAAGAGCAGGCAGCACCAAGAGGUGAAAAACCAAGGGAUCAUGUUCAACACUGGCAUCGGCCAGCACAUCCUGAAGAACCCUUUGGUUGUCAAUGGUAUCAUUGAAAAGGCUGCUCUGAGGCCGACAGAUGUGGUUCUGGAGGUGGGACCUGGUACCGGUAAUAUGACGGUUAAACUGCUGGAAAAGGCAAAGAAGGUGGUGGCCUGUGAGUUGGACUGCAGAUUGGUAGCUGAACUUCAGAAAAGAGUACAGUGCACCCCCAUGCAGACCAAACUUCAAAUAUUAGUUGGAGAUGUAUUAAAAACAGAUCUACCUUUCUUUGAUGUCUGUGUGGCUAAUUUACCUUACCAGAUUUCAUCACCGUUUGUCUUCAAGCUCCUGCUGCAUCGACCUUUCUUCAGGUGUGCCGUGUUGAUGUUCCAGAGAGAGUUUGCUAUGCGACUGGUCGCUCAACCUGGAGACAAGCUGUACUGCAGACUGUCCAUCAACACACAGCUUCUGGCUCGUGUAGACCACCUCAUGAAGGUAGGGAAGAAUAAUUUCCGUCCUCCUCCAAAAGUGGAGUCAAGUGUUGUCAGGAUAGAACCGAAAAAUCCUCCCCCUCCCGUUAACUUUCAGGAGUGGGACGGCCUGGUCAGAAUAGCCUUCGUAAGGAAAAACAAAACCCUCAAUGCAGCUUUCAAGUCGACUGCGGUGGAACAGCUGCUGGAAAAGAACUACAGAAUUCACUGUUCUGUACAUAAUGUGGAAGUCCCAGCAGACUUCAGCAUCAGCAAGAAGAUUGAGAGCGUUUUACAGGAGGCUGAUUUCAGUGAGAAAAGAGCCAGGUCCAUGGACAUCGAUGACUUCAUGGUACUGCUGCAUGCGUUCAAUUCUGCAGGGAUCCACUUUUCCUAAAUGGCAGAGGGGACUGAAGAGAACAGACUCUUGGCUUUUUGAUGAGGAGGCUGAAGUUAGUGGUCAGAUGAGUGGAAAGAAAGAGACUGUCGGUCUCAAAAUGAAUUUCCAAUGUUGACAUAGUUGGAUGAAAUAUACAGAGAAUAUUGGACGAUACAUUUAAAGAGCUCAUAUUGAGUGUCCUGUUUUCCCCUUAUGAAUAUACAUGAAGUGUUCCUAGGCGUGCACAUGGACAAUUUUCGGUUGUUUGACGUGUGUGGGUGUGGGUGUGAGAGAGUGUGAGAGAAUUCGUCAUUCAAUGAAAAUACUCUAAUGGAUUAUUACUCUAAUCAAAAAAUAGUCUACAAGUUUUCUAAAUGACGUCAAAAUGACCUCCUUAUGGAAAAGGUAAAUAUUUAAUAUGUGUAGCUUUGAGUGUAUGCAGUCUCUGAAAAUAAAUUCAGAUUAUCCACAAG